CAUCUCUCCGGCACUUCAGGGGAGUCUUGUUUUAGGAGAACUGCAAAAAAGUUGUAGAAACACAAAAGCAGGGUCAUGUGUUUUGCAAAUUUUUCGCGUCGCUUUAUUAGAACAUACGGUCAACCACGUGGACGUCUACACGAAUGGCAGAACUGAGUUUGUCCGAAAGACUGCGGAUCGUGAGCGAUCCCCGUCCGGCAGAGUUUAAUCCGGACGAGGAAGACUGGGAGCUCUUGUCCGGAACGAGGCUGAGUCAGAGCCGCACGUACGAUGACCAGGGAACUGCCUUUAGUAGCUCCGUGGGGAGAAAGGGGGGCGUGUCCUCGGCUGGGUCCAAGAUAAGGGUAGCAGCGGACGAGACUGAGCCUGACCCACAGUAUGCCGGGAGGCCUGUUAGUAGGAGAGAACUGUUUGGAGCCACAGAGGAUGCUAACGAGGAGGUGGAGUUAGAGAGUGAGACUGACCAAUCAGACGAGGAGUUGGAGUCAGGUGACAACCAGGAGGAGAGAAGAGGUCGUCUGGGACCACUUCGACUGAGCUUUUCAGUCAGUGAGAGUGAGGAGGAGGAGGAGGAGAGGGGGGUCAGUGAUGAGGAGGAGGAGGGAAGGAAGGAGGGUGGGGCGGAAGAAGGAGAGAGGGAGGAGGAAGGAGAGAGGGGAGGAGGAUUUACUGCUCUUGCCAUGGACAAGGUUCAAGAGGACAUUGACAAGGGGAAAGCUGUCAGAGAACAGAUUAGGUUGUGGGAUGGGAUGCUGGAGGGAAGGAUACGACUCCACAAGCUCCUGUCUCUGGCUAACAGUCUUCCUCAGAGUUCUCUCGUACCCGUCUUCUUGAGUCUCGGUGGAGAGCCUGCCUCCUCCUCCAAGGAUACAGGUCGGAGAGAGCUGAGGAGCCUGCUGGACUCCAUGCUACGUCUCCAGCAGAACCUUCUCUCCAGACACACGGACACACUGUCUCAAUUGGCCAUGGGGUCCUCCACUGGUAUUGGAGAGAGAGAAGAAGGGCUUUGUCCGAUGACGAUGACGAGGAUCCCUAGUGAUUUGGGGAGUGAUGAGGAAGAAGAUGAGAGGGAGGGAGGAAAAGAGGGAGCUCUGGUGGUGUGGGGGAAGGGGAGAGCCAAAACCAAACGAGGCAGCGAAGGAAGAGAAAGUGUCCAUGGAGAGCCAGUGGGUAUGAGGACUACAUAUCAGCCGUACACUCGUCGUGCCAGAGCCACCAGGACGACACCAUCUCCAAGUGGGACACCAAACUGAGGCUGGCCAGUGGGAAACUCACCAGCAAGGCCUUUGUACAAGUGGACCGAUCAACAGUGGCACAGAUAAAACAUGUGCUCCAGGACAAGGAGCGACUGGUGAAGAGAUCGCAACUGAAGAGGUCAGUGUAUCGCGUCCUCGGGAAGAGAGAGGAGGCGGAGGAUGGGUCACAUGACAGUCACCUGAGGUCACAUGACGAGGAGAUAUAUGACGAGGAUGACUUCUACCAUCAGCUGCUAAAGGAUCUCAUUGAGAGGAAGAUGAACCAUGCCGAGUCAGCAGAUCCAGUUGUUAUGGGACGCCAGUGGAUGGCACUCCAGAAGCUGAGGUCAAAGGUCAAGAAGAAGGUGGACACAAAAGCGAGCAAGGGCCGCAAGAUAAGAUAUGAUGUUCAUCCGAAGCUUGUGGGGUUUAUGGCACCUGUUGAGCAAGGAGAAAUGUCCCACUCUGCCAGAAACGAUCUCUUUGUCUCUCUAUUUGGAGCACACAGUCAACAAACACUCAAACCAUAAAUAAACUGACGCUCAGUUGUUUAUUAUCACAAUCCUCCUUUCAUCGCAUUUCUGCUCUUAUUGUUAUGACAUGGUAGUGACACAUGAUGAGUAAAGAAGAUGUUAUCAUUUUUUUGAUGAUCGAGUGGUUCAGGUAGUAUCUCUUCACCUUCCUUUGACCACUCUAACCUGCAGUUGUGGUUUGUAAGGUCCACGGGGUAGAGGGUGGGGACCGGUGCUGGGGAGUUUGUAGAGUGAUGUCAUUUCGUCCAGUGAUGACAUCAUUGCCGCAUGUCUAGUCCUUAGGACGUUGAUCUCCUCCUGUGUUCUGUACACUGCAGCCAGAACCUCUGAAUCUAUCACCAACUGUUCCUCUCUGGUUCUGCUGGAGUGGGACAGGUCUAGUCUGGACAGUGACAAGU